UCAUUUGUUUAGUGCUUCUCUUAGUAUUUUAAUACAGACUCAUGUUAGUGAAAAUAAACUAAAUUACUCUUAAACUUCCUCAUCAAGUCAUAUUUUGAUCAUAGAGAAACCAGGAUUAGUAUAAGUUGAUAAUACUACUACGAUGCCAAAUCAAGGACCAAAUAGUAGUGUUGUCGAGUUAUCUGAAAUUGUACCACAAACUGGCGAAGUUUUCUUGGCAUGGGAAGAUCUGUGGGUGACGGCUUCAAGCUUGAAAGGUGGCAAUAAAACCAUUCUUAAAGGCUUAACAGGCUAUGCAAGGCCUGGUGAGCUCUUGGCUAUCAUGGGCCCUUCUGGCUGUGGCAAAUCAACACUUCUCGACUCAAUAUCAGGGAGAUUAGGAUCGAGCACAAGGCAGAGUGGAGAUAUUUUAAUCAAUGGCCGCAAACAGACACUGGCAUAUGGGACCUUUGCCUAUGUGACUCAAGAAGAUACUCUAAUUGCAACUCUCACAGUAAAAGAAGCCGUAUACUAUUCUGCGGAACUGCAACUACCGAAUUCCAUGCCAAAAUCAGAGAAAAAACAAAUAGCAGACAUGACUAUGAAGGAAAUGGGGUUGCAAGAUGCCACAGAAACAAGAAUUGGAGGAUGGAGCGGGAAAGGAAUAAGCGGAGGACAGAAGAGGAGAGUCAGCAUAUGCUUGGAGAUAUUAACGCGCCCAAAACUUCUCUUUCUUGAUGAGCCAACUAGUGGACUUGAUAGCGCAGCAUCUUAUUAUGUCAUGAAAACAAUUGCAAGUCAAUGCCAGGGGAGAACCAUUAUUGCCUCAAUUCAUCAACCUAGUACUGAAGUUUUCAGUCUGUUUCAUUCAUUAUGUCUUUUGUCUUCUGGAAGAACUGUGUACUUUGGACCUGCUAGUGCAGCAAUAGAGUUUUUCGCAUUGAGUGGUUAUCCUUGCCCGACGCUCCAGAAUCCAUCCGAUCAUUUUCUCAGAACAAUAAACAGUGAUUUUGAUCAAGACAUUGAAGAAGGUCCAACUCGGAGGAAAUCAACAGAAGAGGUGAUUAAUAUCCUGAUAAAGUCAUACCAAGCUUCCGAUAUGUACGAAGCAGUUCAAAGUCAAGUUGCUGAAAUCUGCAAACAGGAAGGUGAAGUACUGGAGAAAAGAAGCCAUGCUAGCUUCACAACCCAAAGCCUUGUUUUGACAAGAAGAUCAUUCGUGAACAUGUCCCGUGAUCUUGGCUACUACUGGCUACGCUUAGCUGUUUAUAUUGUUUUAGCUGUAGGCCUUGGCACUAUCUACUAUGAUGUUGGCUUUUCUAUUGCUUCAAUUCAGGCAAGAGGUUCCAUGCUUAUGUUUGUGGCAUCAUUCAUCACUUUUAUGGCAAUUGGUGGAUUCCCUUCUUUUGUGGAAGACCUCAAGGUAUUUCACCGCGAAAAACUAAAUGGUCACUAUGGCUCUGGGUCUUUUGUCAUUGCCAAUACACUUUCUGCUCUGCCAUACUUGCUACUGAUAUCCUUUAUCCCGGGAGCUAUCGCUUAUUUUCUGACCGGACUACAAAAUGGAUCUGAAAAUUUCAUCUGCUUUGCACUAGUCCUCUUCACCUGUAUGAUGUUAGUUGAGAGCCUGAUGAUGAUUGUAGCAAACAUUGUGCCUAAUUUCCUCAUGGGGUUAAUAACUGGAGCAGGAAUACAAGGAAUUAUGAUACUAAGCGGUGGGUUCUUUCGAUUACCAAAUGAUUUGCCUAACUUAUUCUGGAAGUAUCCUUUACAUUAUAUCGCAUUUCAUAAGUAUGCUUAUGAAGGGCUGUUCAAGAACGAGUUUGAAGGACUAAAAAUUCAUGGCGAGCACACUGGUAAAGUUCAUUUGAUAAGUGGGGAAGAUAUUCUGAGAAAUACAUGGAAAAUGGAUAUGGAUUACUCAAAGUGGGUGGAUCUUGCCAUUUUACUGGGGAUGCUAGUUUUUUACAAGUUGUUGUUCUUGCUGUUUGUCAAGGCUGAUGAAAAGGUUAAGCCAACUAUAAGAGCAUUCAUGUCUACCUCGCUUAAACAAAUCAAUUUGGCAGAAAGACCUUUGGAUGUAGUUGCUGCCUAAAUUACACUGAUAGGGUAAAAUAUAUUCACAAUGUCAGUAUGUAUAAUUUGAAUCCUUUUCAUGAUAUUAUAGUCUGUUGCCUAUAGUUGCUUUCUUUGUAUUCAAAGCUGAUAACUCAUAAAGUGUAAGAAGCUAAUUUCACCAUGUCAUAAGUCAAGUGAGUACCCUUUAAGUAGAGUCAUGCAAGUCA